AUGGCGAAGCACCCCUACGCUUCGGGCAACUACCGCCCGAUGCACUGCGAGCGAGGCCUGACGACAUGCGAAUGGCAAGGACACAUCCCCGAUGAGCUCGCUGGAGGGUACGUCGCCGCUGACCCGAUAUGACGAGGGGUCAUUUGUGCUGAUGUGAAUUGCAAGACUCUGUGGAUCGCUGCAAAUACAGGAUGUACAUUAGAAAUGGCAGUAACCCAUCUAUCGCCAGCGGGUCGAGCGUCAAGACCGAGGACUUCGAGCGAGCCUACCACUGGGUCGGUCAUGAGUUUUGCGGUGGUGGCAAUUGAUCACAGAGGACGAAGGCUGACCUUUAAACUAUGCAUGUUGGCGGAUGAAUGUUCAGUUCGACGGCGAUGGGAUGCUGCAAGGCGUGUACUUCCCGCGGCGCCCGGCGGUCGACGCUGCGAACGACCCCAGUGGUUCGGCCGUCGCUGCGCCCGAGUUCGUCAAUCGCUACGUACUCACCGACGUUCUACUCGCAACACCUGCCGAUGCGACGACACCAAUCCUUCCUUCAAUCACGACACUCUUGGGCCCCUUGAGGCAACUACCUGCAGUGAUUGCAUCCGUAUCACGUGCGGUGAUCUUGGCCGCACUUUCAUUUGCGGCGGCCUCUGCCCAGGCCAUCAGCCACGUGUCGGUCGCAAAUACGUCCAUACUCUACCACGACGGCCGUGCUCUGGCUGGGUGUGAGAGCGGUCCUCUGGCCUGGGUUCGUCUCCCAGCGCUGGAAACAGUUGGAUGGUGGGACCUCGACGGCGACGAUGGCGAAAUCGGGAUGAGAGAGAAGCAUGGCGCUCUCGGGUGGAUGAAGGAAUGGACGACCGCGCAUGUGAGUCUCAGCUUUUCGACCAAAUUCAUCUAGUCGAACUGACUCGAUCACCGUGCAAUGCCACCAUAUAGCCCAAACGUGAUCCCGUUACCGGCGAGCUGAUCCUGUUCCACUCGACCAUGCUGCCGCCUUACCUGUCUUACUCGGUCAUCCCGUCAACCCAGAACGGUAAAGCCCGAACCCCGCGGAUACUGGGCGCUCCUGUUCCGAUUUGUACGUUGGGAGAAGGGCCAUCAAAUAUCAGGAAGUACCUUCUAAUGCGGAUAUUUACUUCUUCACGACUCUUUCAGCUGGGCCUCGGAUGAUGCAUGACUGUGCGGCGUCUCAUACCCACACGAUUCUGCUUGACAUCCCCCUGUCGCUGGAUCCGUUGAACCUGCUCCGCGGCGUGCCGAUCGUUGCAUAUUCGCCGACUAUUCCUGCACGGUUUGGAGUGCUCCCGCGUCACAGCCCAGAAAAUGUUCGGUGGUACUCGGCACCGAGCUGUAUCAUCUUCCACACCGCCUUCGCCUACAACCAGGUCGAUCCGGUGACUCGGCAGGAGUCGCUGAAUCUCGUCUGCUGUCGCCUCAACUCGUCGCGACUUGUAUAUGCUGCAGGCAACAUUCCGACUCCGUCAUCACAACUUCAGCCGGGUAUGGAGGAGACAUGUCGGUUGUACUAUUACUCGUUCGCGCUCUCAGAUGUGGUCUCGCCUCAAGACCUUACGCCGUCGCACGCCUUUGCGUUGUCGGUCUUGCCAUUCGAGUUUGCCACGGUGCCUCUCGAGCAUUCCAUGAGCUCUUCGCGCUACGUGUACGGGUGUUCAAUGCGGUUGGGUUCGUUCAGUGCUGCCCUGGGAGGUGCAGCAAAAAUCGACUGCAUCGUCAAGAUGGACGUCCAGGCUCUCGUUUCCGAAGGUACCGACCGAAGGUUGCACGACGAACAAGCGGUUGACGAGCGCACGAUGACUCAGAUCCUCGAGGAUCAAAGACGCGGCGUCUCUUCCCACAUUAAGGUGUUUGCGAUGCCACCGGGUCACUUUGCGCAAGAGAGCUCUUUCGUCUCGCGGGCUUCGCCUCGCGGCGAAGACGAUGGGUUUUUGCUCUUCUACGUCUUUGACGAAUCUCAGCUCGAUCCACUCACGGGCGAACCGAUGGCACAUGCCAAAUCCGAGUUGUGGAUCAUUGACGCGUACACGAUGCUUGAUGUCAUAGCCAAAGUGCAGCUGCCACAAAGAGGUGAGUAAGCAGUCUCGAUGUCGAGUACAAAGUCGGACACAUUGCUGACAAUUUGCGGGGGAUUUCAACACUCCUAAGUGCCAUACGGCCUUCACGGUAGCUGGUUCACAGAGCGCGAGAUAGCACACCAACGGCAAGCGCCAAUCCUUCGACAACGACCUCUCGCUACGCAGAACUCGAAAUUGGGGUCGGAACGAGAAACGGACCAUCGUCUCUGUUGGUGGGGAAGUCAAUGCCAACGCCUCGUUGAAAUGUUGUCGUGAGCGAAUGCAAAUAAUGGCGUGGAUCGUCCGUGGUCUGCCUGAAAUCUAGCUUGUUCUUUAUGUAAGCUUUUGUUGCCGCUUGUAUAAUGUUGCUUAACAAUGCCAUAGACUGGCAUUGCAGCCUUGGUACCAUGUUGAGACAAAUCGCGCGGCCCAAGUGGGGUGCACGGGCCUCGAUGCUCCUGUUCGAAAAGUCCGAGGGAGCACUCCGAGGCGCACCUCGAUCGAUCGCCGCGGUGACCUCGCAGCUCACUUCGACCUUCAAGCUUCACCUCCGAGUCCCCGCGCUCCUCUCAUCGCGUCCCCCAUCGCACUUUUUCUCUUUUCGCCCAUCCAUUAUCUCGAAGCUCGCUGAAACGUCAGUUCUAGUGACGCCACCUGAUCCAGUGAAGACACCCGAGAUCGUGUGACGCGUCGCGACUUGCAAAAGUUGGCGACCAACGGCUUCGAGGCUUCGACAUCAACGACCCGGGGGCCCUGCACGAGGUUGCGCUAUUUCGUCGAUAGGUGAGCCUUCUGUUAAGGGCUGGCGCCGAAUUUCACAGCCAGAAAUAUACAUCAGAGUAUGUAAGGCUUACCAUCCCCUUCUCUUCACUCGAACCCGUUGCGCUACGCCUGCUGCUCGCCGUCGCGAUGACAGGCGGAGUCGAGUUGACGGGUUCGCACAUCCCGAGCGUCGAUGGGGUCAACCCCCACGUUUUCAGACCGCCAUGGAGUCGCCGCCACCCUCACCGUCUUCCCCCUCUGCAUCGAUCAUGGUCCAUCCCAGCCCUGAACAGUCUUUCAGUCACAGUGAACCUUCUUUCGAGCACUCGAGCAGGUCAUCGCCGCCAUCGUCCCCUUUUUCGCAACGUGGCCACAGACCUCGCCUCAACCUCGAAGAUUGGUCCGGCGAUUCGAGUAUGGACAGUGUUCGUCACCCUAACCCACCGAGCCAAGGUAUAUCUUCGUGUGAUACUUCGUUCGAAGUCAUCUUAGAUUCCGAAACCCCUCGUUGGUUCUUGAGGGGCUCCACCAGCUAUGAAAGCAGCGCCGACGCUAAUGCCGAGCGAGUCUCUCCGACCUCGACGAAAGCGUCGGACGUACAUUCCAAGAACUCUCCACCUUCGAAACUGGAGCAAAGACCUCGCGCAUCUUCGGUGGCCGACAUGCGACUCGUCGGAGCUACCUCAGUCGCGGCACCGAGCGAAGCUGAAUUACAGUCUGCCAAGGGCUUAGCUGCAGCAGCUUCGCGCCGUGCCUCCCACGAUGGCGUUUCACUUGGUCAUAGGAGGCCGAGUAUUUUACCCACUCUCGAAGCCAUUCCGGAUGACCGCAUCAGCGAGGCCGUGGCGGGAGCGACGCUCGACCCUCAGGCAUCCAUGUUUGAACCCUCGACGCCGCGAGACUCACGUGUGACUCGUGAUGACCCGACCACCAACGCUAGCAUCGAGCUCAUCAUUGAGAAGGGCAAGAACGAAUUCGGUGAUUUGACCAAGGCUGCGCGCUAUGGACUGGCGCAGCGAGGCUUCUCGACAAUCCCCUCACUGCACGGCCCCCUGUCGCUUCCUUAUGCUCGUUGUCCCUCGUGAGCUCGUAUUCACUGAGGGUCUCGGACGCCACGUGAAACCUUGCUCACACAAAGUAAUUCUACACCGUAUCCAUCGCAGAGGCAUUGAUGCAUACUUGUUUUCCAUGGACAAGGAAGAGGAUCCUUGGACGGUGGGUACGCAGCUAAUGAUUGAUAUGGCCGACAUAUCACUGACACAUGACAUACGCCGUGCACACCGCAGUUCGCAUUCGAUCAAGACACCAGUGCGAGCCGUCGCAGUGCGUUCCAAAACCUCAACGCCGGUCGUCACGCCCCUGUACCACUUCCUGGAAACGCGCGCUACUUGCAAGGGUCCCACUCUGCGCACUCUAGAGUUGGCUCGCGCGUGGUCUCUGCGCCAGCUGAGGUUGGCUUGGGCUACACUCAGCCAAGCGGCCAAAGCGAGCUACCGCACGUAUCCAAAAUUGUCUCACAGCACUACGAGAAAGAUGGGACAGAAGGCGCCCCGAGUAGCUCCGUCGGUAUCAGCCCAGGGCCAGCGCUGAAGCGAGACUCCACCGAAUAUGAGCUAUGGCGUACUCCAGGAGAUAUGAGGAGCGGCAGCAGCGCGCUGGACCGACUCGAGGCAAUCAUCGAACCCAGAAAAACGGAGUACUUGGCGUCAUCUACUCCGAACUAUCCUCCAGUCGAGCCUCGUCGAGAUGUUUACCGAACGGAAUCCACUCUUGACGAUGUCUACGGCGCACAACGUCAAGAAACCCGUCAGCGACUCGAUGGGGAGCCGGCGCUUCCAGAUCUAUAUGCCAGCCCAUACGAAAGCAUGGGAAUUAUGUACCCUCGUUUCUACCUGCAACAGCUUGGCUACCAAUCUGUAGGGGCACCUUGGGCCACCAUCAACUCGAUCCCGAGCGGCAUGUCCUGGUCGUCGAACCAAGCACCGCAUGGCGUUCCGAGCCCGACAGCGCAUCUUCCACCUCAUCUGGCCCCUCCUUCUUCGACGACUCCUCAUUUCAACUCGAUCUACUUCAGCUCUCAGGGUGGUGUGGUGACACUUCCGCCACGAGGCCCAGCGGACACGUUUCACUUGCGAUUGUUCCAAGACCCAGCAAUCAUUGCCGCCUCCUACGUCUCGGAUCCUCCGCCUGAACGAGAUCCGAGGUGCUGUCAUUGUGGGUACUCAACGUGCGACGCGGCUAUCCACUCUAGCAAUCCUCAUACAUCGAGCCACGACUUCAGUCCUCAUGAUACACUGUCGCCUUACGCUCAUUCGCGACCUGUGGCCGCCGCCGCCGAGUACCGACGCGGAAGCGCCGAAUCCGAGUUCUACGGCACCACUGGAUAUCGUCUUCCUACCGACAGCAUUCGCAUCCCGGAACUAGACACCAAGAAAGAAUUGAUCAUGUCUCGUCGACCGUCCGUACCCCUCCAAGUCGCAAGUAUGCGCUCCGCAGCACUCCCUGAACGACGAAAUUCGGCCGCACCGGCGAUACCCCAAAUCGGUGGACCCCGCUCUCAUUCAAUCGCAAGGGUGAGAGUCGAGUUCAAGACUGCAAAGCCAGAGAAGCAAGGAAUGGACAAAAAACUGAUUUUGAUUCGAAUUAUUUGACAUAGGGGAACAAAUUACGUGUCCCUUCCAUUGUGCCAGGAUCAACUCGCCCCGAGCUGGACGAUUCGAUGCUAAGCUCAACGCAUCUCGGGACUGAUGGUACGAUUAACGCCGGCGCUAACGCCAACCUUGGGAACGGCCCAGGUUUGCAAGCCAGUGAUCUUGCACCAGAUCCCACCCGCACCUCGACCGAAAAGCACCGCAAGUCACGUCCAUACCGAGCAGGUCGCGGGAGGAAGCGUUCAAAAGCUCGCUCGAGUCCGAGUGAGGCCGCUUAG